AUGGGCCAGACUUGGGGGGGGGGCGUUCCGUCACUGUUCCCGUUGUCUGCUCUGUUGGCUGGUGCGCUUUACAAGCCUGCAAGCCUGUUCGUGCUUGGUGCCAGGGAGGGAACAGCCAGCCAGGGCCGUCAUGCUCAGGGCAGCAGGAGAAUCAUGCCGUGCUUUGACUGUCACCCAGCGCCAGCCUGCCUGACGGCUCCUACCCAGAUAGGCCAAUGUAAACAGCAGCAAGUCGGCAAGCAGCAAGCAGACAGCACGCACCUCCGGGGAAAGGGGGGGGGACCACUCGCUCACUUCGACAGAGAACUGUCAGCAUCAGUGCAAAGCAGCAUGCUGCCAUCUAUCGAUGGUUUCCCUCCUCCACCUCCACCUCCACCGCUCCCGUCAUCUGCACCUCCCCAAGCCCCUUCUACAUGCCUCGAUCCGGACACCCGACCACGUCUCGAUGGUUUAACGUUGUUGACAUUGCUCUUCCGACAUCGACGCCAACGCUUCAGGUCGGACCAGGGCCCACACUACGACCAUGUCGGCCCUGGUCUCGGUGGUCUGCGCGCCCUCUUGUUGCUUUUGUUUCUCCUCCUCCCAAAACAAGCCGAGAUGGGCAUCGAUCUAAGAAUCCUAGCGCCGUUGGCUGAGACCUAUCAUCUCACUGGACCGGCUUUUCGUCCACUGGACACGACAGGCAAGCAAGGCCCCGACCCUGGGCCUGGGGAGGUAGUCCUUCGGUCCAAGUCCAGCCCGCCAGCAGGGGGUGGCCUGUGA